AUGAUUUCGAAAAAUACCGCAGUACUAUAUUUCAGAUUAAAUACUGAACUUGAAUCAAAAACUGAAGAUGUUAAUGAUUCCAUACAAGAAUUACAAUCUAAAACUGAUGAUAUUAAUGAUUUCAUUCAAGAGGAUUUCGUAAAUUUAAUAGAGAUCGACGAGGAAGUGGAUAAAGAAAUGUAUCCAUCAUCGUCUAAAUGGAACCCUACAAUAUUAAAGGAAAAAGUUUCAAGUAAACUUAAUACAAAAAAGUUUAAUCAACGAAAAACCAAAUUAGAAGAUGAAAAAAUAAAACUAAUAAAGAUACAGCAGGAUUUUUAUAGGGAUGAAAAUGCCAGAGCUGCUGAAAAGCACAAGCUAGAAAUGGAAAAAUAUCAAAACGAAAUUACAUCAAUACGAUUAAAAAAUGAACUUAUCCAAAAUGAAAAAAAAGAAAAAACAACGCAUCUGAUCAUUUCAUCGAAUUUAAUAAAUUCGCUAGAUAGUGAAGCAAUUGCUUGUGAAACAUCUUUAACUGCUCGACCUGCUGAUGAUAUACUCAGUCCACAAAAAUCGGCCACAGUUAUUAAAAAACUACCACUAGCGUAA